AUGUCUUCAUCCGUCUUCCACCCUUUCGCCCGACUGCCGGUGGAAUUGCGACUGCAAAUCUGGGAAGCGGCAUGUGUCAUAUCCACUCCUUCCCACCGCUAUCUGCAGUAUGUCGCCGCCCGAGAUGGAGAGGUAGUCCCAUUACCCUGCAAUUGGAAUCAACCCGGAGAACGAAUACCUCUGGAAAAGAAAAAUAGAUCCGCCUACUUGAUCGACGGCGGCCUUUGGAAAGCGUGCAAAGAUUCGAGAGAGGUUAUCGCCCAAUACUCACACUUUUACGAUUGGAUCAGAAUUCAAAAACAAGCUCUCUACGAUGGAGACCGCUUCUCUGAGUGCCUUGCGGACUGGUCUGGGGGACAUGAGUUUACUCACCCUGCAAUUAUUGAUACAUGCCAAGGUGAAGUAACAUGCCGUAUGCUCAUCUACCCCUCCAGAGAUAUCUUUUGUAUCCAUGUGGAGGAUUGGAUCGCUCUGCAUCGUGAUGCCGGGACUUAUGAUCUCGGAUUACAAACAUCGUUCAUCCGUUACGAUAAAGCUUAUUACCACGAGCUCUUACCUAACAAUAUUGCUCUCGAGUUUGAUCCUAGCUGGCUUAUGGAUAUUCUGAGUUUCAAAUAUAUUUAUAAGUUAGGAAAUGAGAAUUCUGCGCGGGGGUACUUGUCACAUCUGCUCAGCAGGAAUCACUGGACUGAAAUUGACGUCGAAGGGAUAUGGAUUAUCGACAAAGAGGCUAAGUGGUUUACCAGUCUUCCCAAACAUCAUGAUACGGUGUAUCAGGACUGCGAUGCGGAGUACGUCGAGGUCAAAUGGGCCGAUGUCGUUAACUAUACAGGCAAUGGGUCAUCGGCUACUGCGUCGAAAUUUAUUGAGAAGCUUGAUUGUCUCUGCAUGCAGUAUUGUUUACCGUCAGACACGGAUUUCGAUCACCUUCUUGGACGGGGCGGCCCCAUACCUCAGAACGUCAUUAGACUUCUUGUUCGUCGGGACAACGAGGUGAAGGAUCCCACGAUAGGCCGCUCUUUCACGCGGGAUGAGUUCGGCUGGGUCAUUUACAGUGACGAGGAUGAGGAUGAGGAUGAGGGAUAG